AUGGCGACGCGCGUCGCGACGGAGACGCGCGCGGGCUCGGUGCGUCUCGACGCCUCCCCGCGCGCCGGGCGGCGCGAUUCCCCGACGACCGUCCCCCGUCCCCUUCGUCCGCCCCGCGCGUCGUCGACCGUCGACUCAUCGUCGUCGUCGCCGUCCCCCGACUCAUCUAUCUCAUCUCAUCUCUCGCAGAGCGAGUCGUCGUCGUACGACUCGGACGCGGAGGAGGAGCUGGAGCGCUUCGACGUCGACCCGUUCCAGAAGCCGCUCCCGAGGAUUGACGAGCAGCUGUUCUUCGCGCUGAGGGACGUCGCGCCGGAUCUCGUCGUGGGCGCGGUCGCGUCGGUGCGUAUCGCGCGACGACGCGAGGCGUUCGGUCGAUCGAUCUCGCGCCCCCGAUUCUGUUGUUAUCACACUGGUCCCCAUACGACCCCGUUCGCGUGGUGA